AUGAAUCUACAAAUUCUACCACAUCAAUCCAUUAAUAUAUUAAAUCCCAUGAACAAUAUGAACAUUGUGGACAAUAUCAGUGGUUUGGAUAAGAUGAACAUGGACAAAAUGAACAUUAUGGACAAUUUGAAUGGUUUGGACCACUUAGAAAAUAAUGUUAGUUUGGAGAUGUUGGAGAAGAAAUAUGAAGAUAUACAAAUGGGUACAACAAUAAUUGGUAUGAAAUUUAUGGAUGGUGUGAUAUUAGUAGCAGAUGGACGUACAUCAUCAGGUCAAAUAGUAGCAAAUAGAGUUGCACGUAAAAUAACAAGAAUCUUACCAAAUAUUUUCAUGUUAAGAUCUGGAAGUGCUGCUGAUUCACAAACAUUAUCAACAAUAAUACGUUAUCAUGCACAAUCAUUAAAACAACAACUUAAACCAUCUGGUCGUUAUACAACUCAUAUUAGAGAUGAAAUGGAUAUUGAUGAAAUGAAUGAAUUUGAUGAAUAUAAAACAAAUGAAUAUAGUAUAGAAUUGAUGAAUGGACCAUUAGUGAAAUCAUUAGCAAAAGCAACACAUAAUUUGGUACAUGAAUAUCGAAAUAUGUUAUAUUGUGGUGUAAUAUUGGCUGGUGUAGAUGAAUUAGGUUCACAAAUAUAUAAUAUAACAUUAGGUGGUACAUUAAUUGAAAUUGAUGAUUUUCUAGCUACAGGUUCCGGUUCAUCAUUUAUUACAGCAUUUUUACAAGACAAUUAUAAAAAAAAUUCUACACAAGAAGAUUGUCUAAAAUUACUUAAAAAAAGUAUUGAAUAUGCUAUUUUAAAUGAUAACUCGUCUGGUGGUAUUAUGAGAGCUAUUAUUAUUACCAAAUAUAAAGUUAAAGAAUAUUAUUUCACAUUACAUUAA